AUGCUUAAAGCGUCGUUGAUGAGACGGUUUGCAGGAAGCCGCACCCUCCUCGGGAAGUUGCUCAAACUCCCCACAAGCGAAGCUGUAAUUGUCGUCCGUGAAACACGUCAAUAUGAUUUUGACUUUGCGAUUCGCUAUACCCCUCCCGCUGCUGUUUCAUCAUCGCUACGUGGCGAGACUGCGUCUGAGCCACUAAUGAAACCACUAGAGGACUACACACAGCCACCACACAUGCAAACGAGGCGGACCUACAACGUCGGCGGUGUCGUGGGCCCGGCGUUUUCCAUUUCCUGGAGUAAAUCGCCCGGUGCCGGUGGGGGUGCCUUCCCAUUCCUUCCUGAGGGCCGUCUUGCCAAUUCACGCCCUGUUUUGCCAAACAGUGAUGGUAGGAAGGCCAUAGACGGUGGGCAACCUGCAUGGUGUAGCUGCGCGGCGCUUUUUUACCCCCUGAUAGGUGAAAAAAAGAACCCAGUUGGCGGGGCCCACGGGUUACGGGAAAGGUGUAAAGAGGAGGAACGUCUUCUCGACACCUUCGUGUUCGCCCUCAAGCUGAGUGAUACCGAGGACAUCCUACGAGGUAUCAUCGGGGAGCACUCCUAUGCUAAGCUGGUCGGCCCUGUUCUGGCCUCGAAGGCCCAGGUCGUCUCCUUGUUCGCGGACCGCCGCGAGCCGAUCCCGUACACCGUCUCCGCGGGCCUUUCGAUGGGGGCGGGGCUCUCGGACGCGCCCGCACCUGUCUGGCUCGCGCAUACCUUGUUGACGGCAGAGGAGGAGAAUCGCGUGCGGUGGUUGUGGGAGGAGAUGGAUGACAUCAGCGCGUGCUACGCCCGCGCCCCCACGCUUCGGAGUCUUUUGGUGUUGUGGCAUGUCGCUUCGUCGUCGACAUCGGUGGGGGAGGAGGUCUCUGACGGCCUACGACCGAGCUGCUGCCCCUCAGCCUCUGACAUCACGCAGACAUGUCAACGCAUGAGGGAUCGGUUCACGGAGAUGACGUUAUGUGAUAUAGCGGCCUUGGGACUGCUUGGCACCGCGGGCCAGAAGGUACGUAAAGAGGUUCUAACCAACUUCCUGGAAAAGGCACGACCAGAGCAGGAUGGAGCUCCGUUUGCCGACGCAGGUGAUUACGCCUCCCAAAGCAAUGCCCUGGAGCGCGUUUUGAUAGUCUUAUUUUUCCUCAAGUAUAUGGGGAAACAUAAUGGAAUAGGGUCCAUGGGCAGUUCUGAGCUGUGGACAUUGGAUGAUGACAAGGAAAAUAGCGAAGUGGUAUUUUCUUUGCUAGACGUAGCCACUCAGAUAUCCGCCUGCAAAGAAAAACUUGUCGAAAAGUUGGUCUCUGACAGUAAUCAGUCGUCACCAACAGAAAGUAGCCUUUCUUAUUCCAGCCACGCAUCCAUAAAGUGUCAUACAAGCUCCAGCGCGGAUAGGGGUGACAUCUACCAAACUACUCUGUUGUGCGUCAUGGAAUACUUUUUAAACCGCAUUCGCUUGACAGCGGCUCAGUGCGAUAUCCCAAUUACAAGCCCCCAUCUCUGCGGCGUGACUCUCUGGUUGCUGCGUGAGAUGCCUCAUAGUGACGUGUGCUGUAGGCAUUUUAGACGUGUGGUCGAGCACUUACCGUCAGAUGCCCUUCUUUUGCUUGAAAAAGCCUCUCUGCUUAGUACGUUGAGUCUCGACCUUCGAUCAGUGGUGGAGAUUCUGUUGCCCCUAUUAGAACACUGUGAAAAGGAGGACUUUUUCAACACAGUGAUGCAAGAGGUGGUUAUCUCGCUUGAGCAUCGUCUGCGGCGCGACCCUACCUCGUUCACGCAGGAUGAUAUGAAGUGGCUGUCGAUGCUCGGUAUGAGCCUGUUCAUGAAGAGUGAGAACGAGGCAGUGAUUGGCACGAGCUUCCUUGAUAGAGGAAUCCACGAACAAAUGGAGGAGUUGAAUGUCAUGGAUGGUAGCCCCUGGGCUCUUUGCGUCGCGACGUAUCGUUCGCUGAAAGAGAUCGUCCGGGCUCUUUCACGUGAUCAGCGUAGCCUUCGACGGCAGGUGCACAAUCAGAUGCGGGCAAUCGCUAAGGCAGCGGGUAGGCCUCUGGCGACGCCGACGAAUUCGGUUGCAUCUCAGGCUCAUGAGGCCAGCUGCAAGUCCACAGACCUCUCAUCCCCGUUUUCCACGACCGAGGAAGGACAAUCUGCUCGAGGUGGAGAUGGCUGCGGCGACGUCCACCCUCCAGAUGUGGUAGCGCACGUUGGUGCAGGUCACGGUAGAGCCAGUGAGAAUGCCAAAGAUAAUGCCACGUCGGAGCCGCGCGUCUUGGAGGUUUCAUCCAGCAUUCGCCAUCGUUUUCUGCUCUUUCUCGAGAAGCUCGUCAAGACCCAUGUGGAUCUGCGCUCCAGCAGCACAGGACAGUCCCUCGUGGUGAGCUCUGAGAUGUUUGACUUUAUCAACAAGAACGUUCCCGUCCCAAAUAUUCAGGACGAAUAUCGACGCAAAAUCUUCCUUCUGAUGAACGUUACCGUUGACGAAAAAACAAUGCGGGAACGAGCACUAACAUACAAACGAGAAGCACGAGGGGGUAAGAAGGCAAAGACAGCCUCACAACGCGCAAAGGAGGGCGAGGAGCUGAACGAGCCUACCGAGGUGAUUCCGGCCGAGCUGCGCUUUCUUGUCAGUUCUUUGCCCCUCGUUCUUUCCCCGUGGGCAAGUGUGAUGGUGCUGCGGGAGGUUCUAGCUGAAUCGCCCGGCGGGAAUCCGCGCUACACCUACGUUCUCAACGCCGCCAUUGACCUUCAGCUACCCAUCUCAACGACACGCUCGCGUAUCGCGACGACGCUGAAUAUGUGGCGCUUCCUCAACACCCAAACCCACAAGCUAUCCUUGAAGGAGAACGUCAUGGUAAAACAGCGCUGCGUGCUGAACCUACCCCUUUCCUAUAUCCUUUCUUCCUAUUGGUCUCUGUUGACGUGGCUGGUGCUUUCAAGCCUGAUAGUGCUCAACAUUGUCGGCCUCGACGUCGAAUCGCAGCUUGUCGCCAACAAACUUUUCCAGGAGUUCGCUCCAUGGGAUGAGAUUGAGGUGGGUGAGUCAGAGCUAUGCAACGAGGAGGCCGCCGCGGACGUCGUCUCCGAAUACGUUAAUUCGUUUAAGCCGGAUCACACGCUGAACGGCUCGGUAUCGCUGUUAUCCUCGGAUACACUUCUUUCCUCGGCGUCUUAUCUCUUUCUCGGCUCGCCCGACCAGUGGCGUCCGAUGACGAUUAUGCCCAUUGGUAGCGAUCCCACGCUAAAGGAUGAGGUGCGAGCUGCUGAGGAGUACGCGUGCGCGACGGCGGUUCUGAAGAAGAUGUCGUCGUGCGUGGUGUUCCCCUUCUACGUUGAUCUACCGCGAGUGAUGCCGGUUAGGUAUGUUGAGGCGCAGGUUGCGGAACGCAUUCGGCGAGUAUCACUAGAUAAUGCAUGGUUUUUACUCCGCACACUAAUCCGGACGUUUCCAUUGGGCCGUGAGCAGAUGGAGCGGACGUUAAUCUCGCACACCUGCACGCAGGCCAAUCUCAUACAGCGGCGGAUCACUUUCUUAGUGUAUGCUCAGUAUGGGGUUCCCAUCACUGAGCAGUUUUUGAGGAACUUGAGGUCUAGUCUUCUUUCGCAGAACGCAAAUUUAGUUCUGGUGGUGCACGAAUCCAGCUUGCUCAAGGGCGGGGUUACACCGGCGCGUCUUCGCACCUUAGCCAGUGAUAUGGGUGCGGAAUUGAAUGCCCGGAAAGAAAACGAAGGUUACAUCGAAAAUGGGUUUAAAAGAAAGCGAAGUGGGCUCCUGGUGCUCCCUUGCUCCCGACAGCUUUACAAGCAAAGACAUGUAACGCUCUGGGAUGAGAGGAAUACCAACGCUAACCUUUCUCUAUUCGCCAGACAAUUUGGCAUCCGGAGUCAACGAGCAGUUUCGCACGCACACGUUGAGGACAAGUCAGAUAACUUGAAGAGCGGUAUGGUGACGGAAACGCUUCGGAGAAGGGCAGCCAGACGCUUGAUGAAAACAUUCGAGAAAAGAAACCUUGCACGUGCAGUAGCGGUCUCUCAUGAUAAUACAAACUUCAUAGAAACACAAAAAUCAGAGUGCACGCCUGUAAAGACGGACUCUCCGCUACCGUGGCCUGUGGUGAAGUACUUGAGUUUUGCUAAGCCUGUAGGGCCAGCUAUGUGGCACCGGGUGCUUCUUCAAUGGAAAGUUUAUAUUGAGCGGAUCAAUAAGCCAUUGUUUGCCGUACCUCAAACUGGGUUACCUUUACCCAGCGGUGUUGUAGGGUCCAUAGAAAGAAGGUGGUGA